GGUGCACAUGGUUUCAGAAAAGCUGCUUCAAUAUUCGUAUUUGGUGGUAGCAAUCAAUUUCCAACCAGUCAGUGACUCGAGAUCGCUUAGAUAGAGCCGAGUCUCCACCAUAGGUGUGGAUAUUGUUCUGUCUACAUUUUCGCCAGGUCGACCUUGGAUUGAAUCCAACCCGUCAUCUGAAAUUUACUGGACUUCAUUGUGAGGACUGUUUAGUGUGGUGUUUUUCACCAAUUAUCUAAUUGCGUUAAAUUUUCAAACGGUCUAAUACCGAUUGUCUAUAUUUCUAUGAGACGGCUUGUUGAUAUUGGUGCUAAUCUUACUGACAAAGUCUUCAUGGGUGUUUACCGCGGCGUACUCCAGCAUAAAAAUGAUUAUCAUAAUGUUUUAUGUCGAGCCAGGAAAUGUGGUGUGGAGAAAAUAAUUAUAACUGGAGGGUCACUCACUGAUAGUGCUGAGGCUAUAUCCUUAUGUGAAUCUGAUAAGGACCUCUUUUGUACAGUUGGAUGCCAUCCUACAAGAUGUUUGGAGUUUCACGAGGAUCCAGAUAACUACCUGAAUAAACUGGAAAACCUAAUUCUGACGACGAAAAAAGUAGUAGCUGUAGGUGAAUGUGGUCUCGAUUAUGACCGUGAAGAGUUUUGUCCAAAAGAUAUCCAGAAAGAAUAUUUUGACAUUCAACUUAAGUUAGCUAGUGAUGUUAAGUUACCUCUAUUUUUGCACUGUCGAGCUGCACACGAUGACUUUCUACAAAUGAUCAAAAAUGCUAAGCAGUCAUAUUUUCAAGGCAAGCCUUUUCGAGGUGUUGUGCACUCAUUUGAUGGAACAGACGAAAUGGUCAAAUGUUUCACUGAUAUGGGAUUGUAUAUUGGUGUCAACGGUUGCAGUCUGAAGAACCAAAGUAAUUUGGAAGUUGUGCAGAAAAUCCCGCUUGGUCGGCUGUUAUUAGAAACAGAUGCUCCUUGGUGUGAUAUUAGAAGGACUCAUGCAGGUAAUGUAGAACUGAUAUAAUUUUUUCCCUUCCUAGGAUAUCGUUUUGUUAAGACACACCAUACUUAUCGCAAGCAUAAUUCGUGGGAUGAAUCCUACAUGGUCAAAGGACGCAAUGAACCUGCUAACCUUGUCCAAGUUCUGGAAGUUGUUUCUGCUGUGAAAGGAGUAAGCGAGGAAGAACUAGCUGAAAUAACAUAUCAAAAUUCAAUUGAUUUAUUUUCUUUGCCAAUAUAAAGCUUUAUAAAGAUUAAAUUUUAGUAAGGAGAGCCGGUUUUGAUAGACUUCAGCAUUUUUAGCUAUGCGCCAAACGUUGCUGCGCGUCUCUGGGUCACUAAAAGUACUUACAUAUUCGUGUUAGCGCUGAUCAAAAUAAAAGGAAAAAAUGAACUCUAGUUUUUGCAAAAAUGUGUUAAAGUAAGCUGAUAGAGGCAGCUUUGAAAUAAGACGAAAACAUACCUCGCCUUUUCAAUUCUACAGACCAGUCACCUAGCGUACAUUAGAAACUAACAUCUAUGAUUUCCGAAUAUAUAUCACAAAGGUGUACAGAUCUAAAGUCAUAGCUUGUUUUUCUACUUUUAAAUUGCCAACGUUUUGUAACUAAUUUUUAAAAAAUCGGUAUUCGUAGUGUUCAGCAACUAAUGUUUGUGACCCUCCUUAUCUUCAAUUCAUAGUUAUCUUUUUGUAACCUUUUACAUUUAAAUAUAUUUCACUAACA